UGCAAGCCUGCUGUGAAUCUUCCACACAUAUAGGCCUGAUUGUUAUUUUUGCAGAUGAAAGUUGUCCUUGGGAAAAUUUCUUUGUAACGUACAGACUAUUAAAUGUACAAGAACGAUGGUUAGCUGAAAGGUUCUUUGGGGAACCAAAAACAUAGUUCCUCUGUGGCAUUGCUGCAAAGAACCAUUUUUCUCAAACCUUUAUUUUUAAGAGUUUAUUUAUCAAUGAUAAUAGGCCACAUGAACAUCCAUAUUGAUUUUUAUUAUGCUUUUCACCAUCUGUCAUAUUUAAUUGAUUGCAUGCUUUUAUUUUUCAAGCAAUACUCUUUGUGAUUGGCUAAAUAACAUUUAGUCUUCUCUCAGCAGUGUUGUUCCCUGACUGGGCGUAUAAACCAGCUUGGUCUCCAGGUUCACGGCAGGUGCAGUUAUGGCACUUCCUGUUAGAGCUGCUGGGGGGUGGAGAGGGCGGAGCUAUUACAUGGGGCAGCGAGUGGGGUGAGUUUGUGAUCAGAGACCCAGAGAGAUUGGCUAAAUUGUGGGGGGAGAGGAAGGGCAAGCCACACAUGAAUUACGACAAACUCAGCAGAGCUUUAAGGUAUUACUAUAAUAAGCGAAUUUUGCACAAGACCAAAGGGAAACGUUUUACCUACAAGUUUAACUUCAGUAAAUUGAUCUUGGUGAAUUACCCAAGUCUUCCAACCUGCUCACAGACUACAGCAGCUCUCCCGUAUUUUUCUUCACAGUUGCCCAUCUACAAGCAUGCUAGUGACUUGGGUGUGCAGUCAGUUUCUCAUCCACUUCUGCAACCCUACUGCUUCCCCAAACCAUUUCCCUUUCACCAGGCACAUCCAAUCGAGAGGCAGUUUCCCUUUUUUCUGGACAGUCUCCAUCGGGGGCAAAUCUAUCAUCCUGUCUGUCACCCGUCAACUCCACCCUACAAUGUAGCCAAACUUUUAACUACUGAGCAAUUAAAAGUCGCACAGUGUGGCCUCACAACAGAGUCAUUGGAUUACGAAAAGACAAAAACAUUGAAAAAAUGUAUAUCAUGAGGACUCGUAGGCUUGUAUCUAAAAAGAUAGGUUUGAUUACUAUUACUAGUGUUAUUCUUGUUUUUGUAAUUUCGUGUCCUUGUUCACAGGUUUACAAUUGAGCACUUUAUAUAUUUGACACUAUACUGUUUAACAUUAAAGAGAUUAACCAAUAAAUACCUGUGUAAUAAUGCAAUAAAUGGAAUUCAUAUACAUCAUAUUUUGUUACACUUAAUAGUGUUUGCACUUCAUUUGAUGA